GGCAGAAACGGUUCCUGGCCCCGGGGGCGCCUUCCAGAAGGUGCUGCGGUGCUCAGGACUUACUCCAGGCUCUGUGCUCAGUAAUCACUCUCGGAAGUGCUCGGGAGACUGUAUGCCGUGUUGGGAUCGGACCUGGGUCAAUUGUGUGCAAGGGUGCCAUGUCUGAGCAGGAGCGCGUGCAGGAGUCGGUGCGGAAGGAGAUCCGGGCGCUGCUCAUCUCGGCCAAGGACGGCCUGAGCCCGCCGCAGCUGGAGAAGGAGUACCUGCUGAUGAUGGGCGGCCACCUGCCCCUGCGCGCCCUGGGCUACCGCUCCACCAUGGAGCUGCUGCUGGACAUGCCCGACGUGGUCAGCAUCUGCCCCUGCCGCAACGGCUCCGUCAUCCUCAAAGCCAUCCCCGACGAGGCCACCAAAGGGAUGGCGAGUCUGGUGGCCCGCCAGCGGAGCAGCCACAAGGUCCGCAGCUCUGUGCAGCGGGCGCGGGCGGGCAUGUGCCCGGGGCCCGGGCUGCAGCGGCGCCUGCCGUACCGGGGCCGGGUGCCCCCCAUCCUGCCCGCAGUGGUGAAGAGUGAGCUCAAGGACCUGCUGGCGCUCUCGCCCGUCCUGCUGUCGGAUUUCGAGGUGGCGUUUGCCAAGCGCUUCGGCCGCUCCUUCCAGUACGUGCAGUACGGCUUCCUGUCCAUGUUCGAGGUCCUCAGCGCCGCGUCCGACGUCAUCUCCGUGGAGCAGACUCGAGCCGGGUCGCUGCUAAUGUUGAAGAAGAGCGUGUUGGAGGAGAAACACCGGGGGUGGCCGGCAGGCAAAAUCUUCGCCCCGCCCUUCCGGGUGAAGCCGGGGCCGUACCUGAGCGGCGGGCCCAUGGCCAAGGCUCGUUUCCCACAGCCCAGCGCACCCCCGCAAAUCUUGGGCCUGGACAAAACCGCUGGGCCGAAGGUGGGGGACACCUCCAGGCUGAGUCACACGGAGAAGCUAAACCAGUUGGAGGACACAUUCAAAUCCGUCAUUGCACAGAUGGGACCUGGUGGCACCGUCAGCCCGGAACUGAAGCUCAAGAUCAAGUUUGUCGUGUCCAAAUUCCCGGACGGUCUGCUCCUGUCGAAACUGCUGGGCGAGUUUGAGGUGACUUUCAAAGAGCAACUUUCACCCAAAACCUUGGGCUUCUUGAACGUGACGGAGCUCGUGGGAGCCCUCAGCGACAUCCUGCGCGUGGAGUUCCGGGAAGGGGAGCAGGACCUGCUGGUGUUUGACGCCGACGUGAAGCCCCUGCCCGGUGCCCCAGAGGCCGCUCUGUUGGCCCUUCCGGGCGGCGCCGCCCCUUCAGCCCCGGGCCCGGCCGAGCAGAAGCCGGAGGCCAGAGCAAGCAUGGCCGGCCCGCCCCGAGCCCUGCUGUCCGCCCCGGCCGGCAGGGGCGCCCCGUGGGACUCCUCGAAGGCCCCCCGGGAGCCUGACACUAGGGUCUGCAAGAAGCCCAACCUGGUGGUGAAGCCCCUGCAGCUGCAAGAAGCAGCCAGUAAGCCCCAGGUGAGCCGGGCCUCGCCUGUCCAGGACAUCCCCCCGUCCAGACAUCCCCCCCGACGCCGUGCGGGACAAGAAGCUGUGCGGCUGCCGCUGCUGGACACCAGCACGCUGGUGGGGGUCUUCGUGGAGUACAUCAUCCCCAGCCAGUUCUACGUCCGCAUCUACAGCCGAGACUCCUCGGAGCUGCUGGAGGACAUGAUGAUUGAGAUGCGGCGCUGCUACUCCAAUCAGCUGGUCUCCGAUCGCUACUCCAUGCCGGAGCGUUUCAUCCAGCCGGGCCAUCUAUGUUGCGUCAGGAUCGAGGACAAGUGGUGGUACCGCGUCAUCAUCCACCGGGUGCUCGGGAAGCAGGAAGUAGAAGUGUUCUACCCCGACUUCGGGAAUAUCGGCACGGUCCAGACAUCCUCCCUGAGGUUUCUCAAGUGCUGCUACACGAAGCUCCCGGCCCAGGCCAUCCCCUGUUCUCUGGCGUGGGUCCGGCCGGUUUAAGGUCACUGGACAGCAAGCAUCUUGCAGUUCCAGAACUGUGCGGCCUUGAAGCCAUUGGUCGGGGUCGUGGACGAGUACUUGGAUGGAAUCCUGAACAUCUUCCUGUGUGACACGUCCUCCAACGAGGACGUCUAUUUCCACCACGUGCUGAGAACCGAGGGCCACGCCAUCGUCUGCCGGGAGAACAUCCCCUCCAAGGGCUUUCGAGAGCUCAACCCCUUAGCUCUGUACACGACAGCCAGCUCCGGACCCGAGGCUGCCGCCGUGACAGAACUGGGUCACCCGUCCCCACAGCACCGCUCCGGUGAAGACCAGGAGGUCAGCGCACAGCCCCAGGAGGGCGAGCCGGGUGCCUUGCAAGACGCCAGUGAUGAGAAGGCCGGCAGCACCCGGAAGUCGGAGCCUCAGGAUGUGCUGAGAAAGUGGGAGUCCGGGAAAGCCCCUGACCAGGCGCCCCCGGGGCCCGUCCUGGAGCCUGAGGAGCUGACGGAGGAAACUGAGGAGGACAUCCCCUCCGGAAUGCCGAGCCUGGAGUCCGUGACCAUCAGCGGCGACAUCUGGGAUGACAGCUGGCUGCCCUUGCCGGCCAUGGUGGGCCGAGGAGAGGCGGCCGACCCUGGCCUCCCUGGGACGCCCCCCGCUGCCGCGUGCGCAGAGAGACCCGUGCAGCCGCGCUCGGCGUCCCCGGAGCCCCUGGAUUUCUCAUCGCUGCCGCAGCUGGAAGAAUUCUACAUCUCUCUCAUCCAGGGCCAGCAGCCGGCGGCCGGGAGCCCCCUGGAGCCCGCCGCCCCGCAGAGCCCCACGCCCGCCUCGGCCGAGACCCCCACCGCUCGCCCCGGCCCGGCAAAGAGCCCCCCCGAGAGCCCCCCGGACGGGGACGGCGGGAGCAGCCACGCCAUCACGCUGUUCACGGAGCAGAGCCCGGGCGCCAUGGACCAGCUGUCCCUCAUCCUGUCCCCCGAGGCCCAGAUGUCACAGAAGCUCUACCUGCCCCGCAGCACCGCCACAGCCGCCCUGGGCGCCGCCGCGCGCCUGGCCACGUCCAGGAGCCUCCUGCACUGGUACCCCAGCGUGAAGAGGAUGGACGCGUGACGGGGGCGGGGCGGGGCCUCCAGUUCUCGGGGUGCCUGUUAGCGGGCGAGGGGCCGUGGGUGUGAGUGUUGGGGUCUCGAGUUCGUCUUCAUUCCUGUCGAUUGCUCCCUCUCCCGGGGUCGCCCUUGGUUAGCGC